GUCACGUUGUUCAGUAGCGGGAUCAUUGACAGCUCCCUGGCUUCGCCAUGUCAGGCUUUCAGCUGGAGGCUGUGGAAGGCAGCGGGGGCGCGUCACUGUCCGAGGGGGAGACCAUGAUCGGAAGAGGACCGUUCCUUGGUAUUUCAGACAAAAGAGUAUCCAGAAGUCAUGCUUUGCUGGAGGUGGUGGAUCGGAAACUGCGAAUUAAGCCGGUGCAUGUGAAUCCCUGUUUUUAUCAAGGUGCUGGUGAAAACUCAUUCAUGCCUUUGGAAAAAGAUAAAUGGCAUUGGUUACACGGUGGGGACUGCAUUUCCCUUUUGCCAGAUAAAUAUGCUUUCAGAGUCAUUGCUGAUGCUUCUCGAGAGGAGAGUACACAAAGAAAUAUUCCUAUUAUCAACAGCACAUGUGAAUUAGCUGAUAAUCCUGGCUGCUCUUCAGUUGCUACUAAAACAAAAGACGAGGAACCUUCUUGCUCAUCUUGGGAAAAUAAGAAACCUUACCCAUAUACUACUUCAGAUGCUCACAGUGAGAAGGUUAAACCACCACUAAGCAGUCAGUUAUUUUCUUCGGACAAAAAAAAUUCAUCUGCACAACGGAAACGCGUUCUCCCGGGCUGGAUGUUAGAUGAUGGUCUUGAGAUUAAAAGUCUUUCUUCCCCUGCUAGUAAAGCAGGAAAGAGGAAUAGAAUCAGAAGAGAGAAAAACAUAACCACAAGCAACACCGAUGGAAAUAUAUCAAGUAGUAAACAUCAGGUGCCCUCUUAUAUUAAAGAAGCUCAAGAAGAAGUAUUUGUAACAAAGAGGGGUACUCUUGAAUCACAGGUCUCCCCUGGAACAUUGUGUACUAGUUUGCUGACCAAAGCACGGUGUGAACAGUCAAAUGAUGACAAUGAGAUGAUUUUAGCUGAAAAUAAAGACAAGUAUCUGGAUGUGCAGAGCUGUCAGAAUAUUAAUGACGUGACAAAUUGGUGCAGUGAAAAUGGACAAUCUGGUAGCUCUUCAGUUAAGCAUAUUAAGGCAUCUUCGUCAAAAACAACCCACGGCGAUGAUCUAAGUCUAAGCCCAGAUGAAGAUGAAGAAUCUGAAAAGGCAGAUUUCAAUGGCGGCCAUCAAGCUGCAAAAAAGAGAACACCUUGUAUGUAUGGAGACAACUGCUACAGGAAAAACCCUGCCCAUUUUCAAGAGUUUUGUCACCCAGGAGACAGCGAUUAUAAUACCACUGAGAAAGAAAGUGAAGAUGACAGUGAUAAAAGACCAGAGUGCCCAUAUGGCACGGAUUGUUACAGGAAAAAUCCACAACAUAAAUUGGAAUACAAACACACAAAACCUCCAGAAAAAGGUGGUAGAAAGUUACGGAAAAGGGCACCAAAGAAAGGAAAAGGUGGUUUGGAUGAUGACAGUGAUAAUGAUGGAGAACCCAAUGACUAUGACUUGGAGGACAGCUUCAUAGAUGAUGAUGAGGAGGACUUUGACAAUACUGAUGAAGACUCUGACUGGAUGCCAGAACCAGAGGAAAAAGACAGUGAAGACAUGGGAUUGCUUGUAAAGGAAGCAAAAAGAUUUGUUAAAGGGAAGCAUUAAAGGUGAAUGAACCCUAGCUGCCAUGUUUCCAUAGUGGCAACUAAACCAUAACAGUACAGCUGUUCCUCCUAUAACAGAACACUAUACAGUCAGGUACACAAAUGCUAUCUGAUAAGGUACCCUCAGCCAUAAGCAGCGUCGGACUGGGCCAGCACACCAUCUCCCGGGCCCCCCAGCCGCAGAGCCCCCAUCCCAGCCGCAACCCGCGCCUCCCCCCCCUCGCAGACACAGGAGUACCUUUUUCUGCGCUCCGGGGUCAGGGAGGAAGGUAAGCAGCCCAAAAGAGCCGGGGCCCACCAGGUUUUUUCCCGGUGUCCCGUCUGCCCAGUCCGACCCUGCCCACAAGGGUUACUGGUUCAGUGACCUGAAAAAUAAAUCUGUAGCUGUGGCAAACACACUGAUCCUGAGCAAAUCACACUAUUGAAGAAAUUAGCAGGAUAUUAAAAAAAACAAUGGCGUUUAAUUCUAUUUUACAAAUAAUACAUUUGCAUACAUUAAGCAACUUUUAAGAGUUUUAAAUUUCAGCUUGGGUUCAUGCACGGUCAGAAUUUUUGCUUUGCAUAUAAUUAUAAAUAUAUAUUUGUACAUCAUCUUCUAUUAUUCUGUAUAGCAAGUUAUCUCAUGAAACAUAGCAAUAAACCUUGGAGCAUAAGAAAACAAUUAGAAAAAAAAAAAUGAGACUCCUUUCGUCUUAAAAGAAACCUCAUCUAUCACCCUAUACAAGGCACAAUUAAAGGAGACACAAAUUA